GCCUCUUAGAUCCUUGAUGUAAUUGCAUCCUUGAAACUGCUAUGACAGGUAGGGUGUGACCCACUGCUCCAUUUCCUACAAGAUGACCCUGAAAUUCAGAGAUGCUAGGAGACUUUUUCAAGGCCACACAGACUAGCAAGGAUUGUGGCCUAGGUGACCCCUAGGUCCAGUGCUCCUUGUUCUGGCCCUGCCUCUGCGGUCUCCCUCCUGUAGUUGGAGGGCAGCUUUACCCCAUCUGCUGCCUUUGCAGGCAACGCUUCUGACAAGGACUUGGCAGACCUGGUUUCGGAGAUGGAGGUGAUGAAGCUGAUUGGCCGACACAAGAACAUCAUCAACCUGCUGGGUGUCUGCACCCAGGAAGGGCCCCUGUAUGUGAUCGUGGAGUGCGCCGCCAAGGGAAACCUGCGGGAGUUCCUGCGGGCCCGGCGCCCCCCAGGCCCCGACCUCAGCCCUGACAGUCCUCGAAGCAGUGAGGGGCCGCUGUCCUUCCCAGUCCUGGUCUCCUGCGCCUACCAGGUGGCCCGAGGCAUGCAGUAUCUGGAGUCUCGGAAGUGUAUCCACCGUGACCUGGCUGCCCGCAAUGUGCUGGUGACCGAGGACAAUGUGAUGAAGAUUGCUGACUUUGGGCUGGCCCGAGGUGUCCACCACAUUGACUACUAUAAGAAAACCAGCAAUGGCCGCCUGCCUGUCAAGUGGAUGGCGCCCGAGGCCUUGUUUGACCGAGUGUACACACACCAGAGUGAUGUGUGGUCUUUUGGGAUCCUGCUGUGGGAGAUCUUCACCCUCGGGGGCUCCCCAUACCCUGGCAUCCCGGUGGAGGAGCUGUUCUCGCUGCUGCGGGAGGGACAUCGGAUGGACCGGCCCCCACACUGCCCCCCGGAACUGUGAGGCCUCAUCCUGCCCCUGUCCCCAACUUUCCAAUCCUCCUCCUUC